CUCGAGCGUGCCAUAGCACCUCUGGGAGGGGCCGCGCCGCCCAAUGAAGUGAGCCGCCUCCCAGGGCCCGCGCCGGCCUGCGGACGCGAGCGCCAUGUGGCGCCCGCGGGGCCUCGCGGCCGCGCUGGCGUCGGCGGCCCUCCGCGGGGUGCUCGAGGCGCAAGGUGCCGCGACGCGCGCCGCGGUGCACGGGAAGGAUGCCGCCGGCCGCCUGACGCCCGACAUGCAGCAGAUCGUCACCACCCUCGGGGAGGUGGUGGAGGGCAUGGAGGCGGAGCGCACCAAGGCGAAGGAGUUCGCCGAGUCCCUGGGGAAAGAGUGCGAUGAGAGCAUGGAGCCGGUGAAGAAGGCAGUCGCGAGGCGGUCCGGCAUCAUCGGUGGCUUGGAGCAGGACCUGGAGGACCUGAACACGGAGGCGACUGACGUGCCCGGCGGUGCCAAGCUGCCCGGCGUGCCCAGGGGCGCCUACGCCAGUGCAGGACCACUCGCCGCCAUGGCGUCUGGAGCCGUCCAGCUCUGGGCAUGGAUCCUGCACAACGGGGACCAAGGAUGGCAGCAGCGACGGGUCCUGGGCCACUUGCAGCCGCCGGGAGCGAAUCCAGUCAAUGACUUUCUGAUCGUGUGCGCGACGCCAGAUGCCGACGUCUACUUCGAGCUGGUGGACGGCACGAGCCCCGACUACCAGGCUGUGAGGUUCUCGCCGGAUCGUCGGACCAUCCCUCCAGGGAUUGCACGCGGUCAGACCUACCGCUUCAGGAGGGAGCCGACCGCGGCGGAGCUCGCCGCGUUCAUGGGCCAGGCCCGUCAGGCCGCCGACGACCUGUACAUCCAGCAGGCAGCGGCUGCCGGGCUGCCAGCGGUGGCCCCGCCGGGCGGCGCCUUCGUCCCGUUCGUGCCGCCGGCCGCGGGAGCGCCCGCCGGCGGCCAGCCCGCCGCCGCGGCAGGCCCGGCCGGGGCCGCCCCGCUGGCGGGCGGAGCCGCGCCUGCCGCGGCCGGGGCGCAGUGGGUGACGGUGGAGUCGACCACCUUUGCCUCCAGGGGGACCCCGGUCGUCCUGUCGGCGACGGACGUCGUGAAAGGCGAGGUGGGCAUCUUCACCACGCCCGCAGGCGUCGCCGUGCUGGUCCGCGACCUGCAGGCGCACCCCGUGGAGGAGUACAUGGUGAUGGAGAGCCACCGCGACCUCAGGAUCAGCAAGGCGACGGUCAUCGCCUCCAAGGAUCGAGCGAGAAGCCGCUUCACCAGCUCGGACGUACAGCUUCGAGAGUCGCCGUUCCCCGAUUGGCCCGUGCCCGGGCCGAGGGCGGUGAAGUGGUGCUGCGUGUGGCUCUUCAGGCGCCAAGGGGGGCCGCUCGAGCAUCACCGAUCGCUCGUCAUGACUUUCGGAUUGCGGUCCGCGGACUGGGGCGUCGAGACGAGCGACAGCGGAACUUGCUGCCUCUUCCUCGUCCCCAUACAGUUUUGCAUCGAGGCUUUAGUGGAGCUGCUGUACAUCUUGGCAGGAGCCCUGCGAGCGCUCCGGGCUAAGAGUGCUUACGGCGAAGGCGCCGUGAUCGCCCCCCUCAGCAUGGACGCCGUCCACCUGAUCGACUUGCCGGCUGCUGGGUCGGUCUCACGUUCUCUUGAGCAUCUGGCUGGAGAUCGGGGCAAAGAGAUUGCUGAGCGACUAAUUCAAUUGCGCUUGCCAGAAUCCACUGGCAGGGAGAUAGCUAAACUUCAGUGGCCCGCUCGGCCUUACUCCGACCCCGCCCUCAAGCGGUCGCCCGCCCUGUGCGCGGAGUUGCUGCGCAGGAUGGCCGACUGUGACCUGAUCGAGUGGCAUCUGACGGGCGAGGUCUCUUGCGGCCUGUUCUUCGUAUAUAAGAAGUCAGGAAGAUAUCGUUUGAUUGUCGAUGGUCGGCUACCAUCGUGCCAUUUUCGCGACGGUGACCCUGUCUCGCUGGCCUCUGGGGCCGCCUUUUCCGCCAUCGAGGUUGACAGCGCUGCGCCCAUCCAGGUCGGCUCGGUCGAUAUCGUAAACGCUUUCUACAACGUGCAGUUACCAGAGGCCCUUCGAGGCAUUUUCGUUCUUCCUCGGAUCCGCGCCGACCUGGUGAAUGUCUCGUCAGCCCAGGGCCGGGCUAUCAGACGAGGCCAAUACCUCUUCCCGGUCCUGAAGGUCCCCGAGGGCGCGCCCGACAUCGGCUCGGACGUGUGGGAUGGCGAGUGGCGCCGUGUCUUAGCUAAGAGAUGGGCCCGGUCAGAGGCCCAGGUGAUCCUCGAGGGCCGCAGCAUGGUCUUGGCCCACCUCCACAAGACGCUGUCCCUGGCCAUUUUCGGGAAGCGCCACUUGUUCUUGGGAGACGCCAUGGCUAGCAUCCUUGCCGUAUCCAAGGGUCGAUCAUCCUCGAAGCUGAUGAGAGUCUGCCGGCAGAUUGGCAGCCUCAACCUGGCCUUCAACAUGACCUCUCGGUGGCGCUGGCUCCCCUCAGAGCGCAACCCCGCUGACCGCGGCUCGAGGCGCAAAAGGGGGGACUGGGCUGAGGCCUCGACCCGGCCCCGCGAAGCCGACCCGCCGCCGGCCGCGCUGCCGGCGCCGAGGCAUGCUCCGCUGGGCGGGGACUCCUACGGCCAGCGUGACCGCCGCGUCCGCGCCUUUGCAGCCAGCCUUGGCCGGGCCUUCGGCGUCGACUUCGGCCCCUCUGAUGAGUGCCGCAAGAGGCCUGCAGCGGGCCGCCCGCCGCCCUCCCGCGGGAUCGAGCCGAACCUGCGAGCCGACGGCGGGGAGCCCGCGACCGACGAGCACGGCCUGACCCUGCUCGAGAGUCGCACCGUGAAGAAGCCUCAGGAGGACCGGUACAAGCACAUCGUGAGCCAGUUCUACCUUUGGUGCGCGACGGCCAACGUGGCGACCAGCAACACCACGCAGCUCGACUCGGCGGUGACGGCCUACCUCCACGAGCAGUUCUUCGAGGGCUUCCCGAGCUCCGCGGGCACCUUCCUGCUGGCCGCCCUGACGUACUGCCGGCAGGACCUGUCGCCGAAGGCGCCAGAGCUGCCGCGGGCGAGGCGGGCCCUCCUGGGCUUCUCGAGGGCGGCGCCCAACCGGUCGCGCUGGCCCCUCCCGUGGCCCUUCGUGGCGCUGAUAGCGGACGCGCUGAUCGGCCGGGGCCACUGGGCGGCGGCUGCGGCGACGCUCCUGUGCUUCGUGUUCUACACCCGGCCGUCGGAGCUUCUCCGCCUGCGGGUGAAGGGCGCCGUCCCGCCGCCGCGGGGAGGGCCCAGAGCCCUCGCCCUUUGGGCCCUGCUGCUGACUGCGUCGGAGAACAGCGCCCCGUCCAAAACAGGCGAGUUCGACGUGUCGCUGAGCCACGACAACACGGAGUUCUGGUGGGUGGGAGGCCUCCUGACCCGCCUCCGAGCCGGCCGCAGCGCAACGCAGCCGCUGCUCGGCCUGACGUACGCGACCCGGGCCGCCCUGUUCUCCCGGGCCGCGGUAGACGCGGGCCUCGGCGGCCUUGGACCGCCCACGCUGUAUCAGCUCCGCCACGGGGGGGCCAGUCACGAGCUGGCCACCCGCGCCCGCCCGCUCGCCGAGAUCAAGAAGCGGGGGCGGUGGGCGGCGGACAGCAGCGUGCGCCGCUACGAGAUGAGCGGACUCCUGCCCACGCAGCUGCAGCGGGCGUCGGAGGCCGUCCAGCGCCGGGCCUACGCCGCUGCGGCCAGCAUCGGCUCGAACAUCUUGAG